AUGGUCACUAGAUGCUCAUUGAGCUUACUACCAUCACUAUAUGUUCUCGCUUGUUUAUGGUUGGCAGUAGACUCGUCAGCGCGCAUCCGGCGCCAAGACUACUACGAAGUGGACGAGAGCCUCGAGAAUCGUGGAGUACCCUCGGAUCCCAAAAAGAUCUUCGUCUCCCAACGUGCCAACCUCUACUACGAGGGCAAACAGAAGGAAGACAUCUUUUUC